UAUGUCGAUAAUAAGGUACACAAUUUCUGGAAGAAAUUAAGAAGCACAAUAUUAUUAUUAAAACAUGAAUAACGGAUUUGCUGUGAUUGUCGCUUUUUGCUGUUUUGCGAUGGUUCUAUCCGUUAGAAUACGCAGAACAACACCGAAGUCGCCUAUUCAUCCACCGUGCAGAUAUGACAGGGACUGUAAGCGUGUAGUAUGCACCAUCUACGGUGAGGUCCCUGAGUGCCACAGAGCCGCUUCGUCCCCUACGGGCGCCGAGUGCCAUUGUCAUGUACCGAACGAGUGCAGGGUUAACGCAGACUGCGUGCGAGAGUGCGGUCCAAACGCCACGUGCGACGACAGGGCAUGCCAUGGAGACUGCAUACACGAUUAAACGAUGUUACCACGCAUUCACUCUGCAUUAUAAUCUUGUUUUAAGACACAACUAUCCAUACAUUUUUUUCCGCCAAUGUAAAUGCUAUGUUUGUCUAUCUAAUAAUUAAAAUCGUGUAGAAUUGAUA